UUCCCAACACUGCUUGCAAGUAACAGGUAACAGAGAUGGCCUAAUAGUCACCACAUACUAACAACAAUCUAGAAGAGAACUGUUGCAACUUCCAGCUUGAUAUACUCCACGACUAGGCAAGUGUAGGAAGGAUUGUUUCAUUUGAGAAACUCCACCCAGGAGCGGAGCAGCAGAGAGAAGCCAGCCCAGAAACUCCACCUGAGUUUUAAAGGCAAGGAGAAGUUAACAUAAGAACAUAUUUCCAGCCAGUUGCCCUACAACACUCUCAAAUCAAAUGGAAAAAAUGGCACUGCAGCACAUCCGCGGACUUUGGAGUGUCCUCAACCAUACAUAUUGUAUGUAUGUGUGUGCGUCUCUUGUUUACUUAAGAGCUGUGAGAACUAGUAUGUUUGUGCACUAUGAAAUUAUUUUAAUAUUUGUCAAUCAUUUGACAAUAAAACAAAAAGAAGCAAAAUGUUGCAUAUGUACUGUAUGUGCAAUACAAAUGAUCUAAAUGUAAGAGUUUAAAAAUGUUGUCUAAAUGCAGAAGUUAAAGGCUUCAACACUGCCAUGACAUGCAGGAACUCAAACUGAUGUGGUCAUACUUUUAGUACAUUUCCGUUUAGGUUUCUAUUUUUACGGAGCAAAGCAGAGAUGUGGAGCUUUCAAAACCUGCUGUUCACCAUCUGUGUUGCUCUGAGGUGUUUGAUCAAUGCAGUCGGGGUGAUCCAUGUGACUGGAUACCUGGAGAGUGAGGUUAAUGUCUCCUGCUCCUAUGGUGAGGGUUACGAGUCUUAUGAGAAGUAUCUGUGUAAGAACAACUGUGGUGACAGUGAUGUUCUUAUUACAACUUCAAAACCAGUGAAAAACAAAUACAGGAUCCAUGAAGACAAAACAGCACGAAUCUUCACAAUGACCAUCUCUGAUCUUCAUUCGGCCGAUGCUGGGAAAUACUGGUGUGGAGUGACCAUAACUGGAAAAGAUAUCUACAUUGAAGUCAAGCUUAAAUUAGUAAAAGACAGCUGCUGUGACACUGCGACCAAAGUUCAAAGCUAUGAGGGAUACUUUAAGUCUGUCAGUUGUCCGUAUGAGUCACAGCAUCAGAACAGUCUAAAGUACAUCUGCAGAGGAAACCGGCCCUCCACAUGUCUGCAGCAGGCACUGAUCACCUCUGACACCAAACAAAAUGGGCGAUUCAGACUUGAUGAUGACAAAAUGUCAGGAACAUUCACAGUGACCAUUAGCAGUUUAACCAAAAAUGAUUCAGGGUCAUACCUCUGUGGUGUCCAAAGAAACUCUGACCUGGAUGUUUUCUCUGCUGUUGAGCUGGAAGUCAAAGAGUGGUGCUGUGUCAAGUCAACUAAAAUAAAAGGUACUGUAGGACAUCCACUAACUUUGCUGUGUCCUUAUCCUCCACAACAUCGGGAUAACAGGAAGUUCCUCUGUAAGGGAGAACAGCUCAACAGCUGCAAAGACAUAACCAGUCAAAGCAGGUUUAAACUUGAAGGUAAUGGUUCUUCCAGCUCUUUCUCUGUGGUGAUCACAAAGCUGGAAGAAGCAGAUGCUGGGACAUACUGGUGUGGGUCAGACUCAGAGAGGAGGCCUGGAAACUACACCAAGAUUCAGCUGUCAGUUGUCUUUCUCCAGCACACCAGCACUGUACCUUCCACAGUCGAAAUGCCUGGAAAACCUUCAACACAAAUUACCGAUGCAGGACACUAUGUGGGUUACACUGUUCCUCCCCUGCUGCUGCUACUGAUAUGCGUCUUUGCAGUUAUAGUUUAUAAGUGCAAACAUCAGAAAGCAAAAGAAGAUGAAACUGUCAUGAACAGAAAUGCACAGAACGAAGAUGCUUUAGAGGAAGUGAUGCAUGUGGCAGAAAAUAAAAUUUAUGAAAGUCAAGACGUUGUGAUAUACUCAAAUAAGGAGACGUCCGAACUGCAGAGUGCCGGUAAUGACUGUGAAGAUUUAGGUGAAGAUGAACCAGACUUAGAGAAUGUCACAACUGAAGAAAUCUACUGUAAUGGAAAUUUCCAUAAUGCCAAUUGAAGAUAAACAUUGUGUGCAUUUGAGGUCAGUCUUUGGCUCUCACCUGUAUGGAGAUCAUCCUGUUUAAUUUGUCUUUAACAUUAACAGUUACACAGCUAAUCUUUUCUGAAACUGUGGGAAACCUCAAAUGCAAAUGACUAACAUCAAUGUAACGUAAAUUAAUCUGCAAAUUAAAAUAAAAUUUUAGUCAUUCUUGUCUGUUUUUGCCCCAUUUAAACAUAAACAGUCACAAGUCAAGUUAUUUUUAUGAUACGUUUAUAUUUGUUGCAAUUAAACAUUUCUGACAAAGGCAGUUAAUUGAUAUGAUUUUACAGAUAAAAGGAAAUACAGUGUUUAUUCUAAUUCCAUACAUUGGAUGGAACCAUCCGAUGUAUGUAACAGUGUAGCAGUUUUCACCCAUGACGUACUUACAUCGAUAUAAAUAAAUAAGCAUAUCUAUGAAAAUAUUUCAACAGUGGAACUUUAGUGUAAUCACAGUACUGUCAUGCAAAUCUUGGAUUUAUAAUUAGUUUUAGUCUUUUUUUAUAUUAUUGGUUUAAAUUUUUGCACUUUUAUAGAGUAAUGCUGUGCGCCUGUGCCUUUAACUUUGUUGUUAACUCUGUACUAUUUAUAUUCUUUAUC